CUUAGAUUUGCUUAGUUAUAAUAUCGACCAUUACGUUAAACAUUUUACCAUAAAUAUAUCUACUUAGAAUUUGCCUCGUAAAAAAUAGAUGGCCGCCAUUUUCUACAAAUGCAACUCUCCAAUUGUUUUCCAAGAAUGAACACUUUAUCUCUUUCGCUCUUACGUAAUACGGCUAAGUAAAUGUCAAAAAGACGCCAUUUUCACAAUCUAUUAUAAGCUCGUAAUGUCUCUUUCAUGCGCACCAACCGAGUUCGUAAAGUGAAAUUAGUGUUGUGAAAAUAUCGUUGUGACUGCGUUUCUUCACAUCGAAAUGUCAUAAAGCGUUAUUGGUUCACCAAUUUCUAAAAAUUUAAGGAAAAAUAUAUAAUAUUUAGAUUUGUGCACAUAAGUUUCUGUAAAAAUAAACUAUAAACUAAUAAGAAAUAUAAUUGAACAGAAAAUCGCAGAAACUUACGCUGCCUCUUGGUUGCGGCAGCGUAUCGUGUUCGUUGAUUUAGAGUGUGCAUUAAUAGCCUAGAUUUUCUCCUAUUGGAACGGAGUGUUUUUAAUAUUUUAUAAUUUACUCUUCGCUUUGUGUUAAUUAACAGUGGAUGUAAUUGUUUUUUGACAUUUGAUAUUUAUAUCUGGACAAUUGGAAGCUAAGAAAAAACAAAAUACAUGUGAACUAAGGAUGCGCGUUGGUAAAAAAGCUAACGUCGUCGAGGCGAAGAAAACGCGUUCUUGUGUCGUACGAUUGGAAAAAGUCCCAUCACCCCCAUUAAAACAAACCAGAGCUAGUGGUGUGAGCUUACGUGGAAACGUGCAACAACAUUCUGACGAGAAAAAAUUUAAAGGACCACUUAAGAAGCGACCCAUUGCAGAGGAAAGCAGUACAUCAAUUACACUAAGUGCUUCUACUCCAAUUUCAACACAAAAUUUAGCAAAGGCCAAAGAAAUGAGAGACAAGUAUAAAACUCCUUUGAAAGGUCAUAAGACCGCAACACCGAAACCCGUUGUUCCUGAACAACCACCACCUACAAUAGCAGCAGGUCGUUCAAGGCGAGCAAUAAAACCAAAUCCCAAAUAUGCAAGUGAGGAUAUGGUUACACCAAAGAUUAUUAGGAAUGUGUCGGCACUUGCAGGAACAUCAAUGAAACGGCCAACUAUUGUUCCGGAGAAACAACGAAAACGGUCGACAAGUAGUUCGGAUGACUUUUUCAAUAAAGACUCUAGCGACGAAUUGGGUGCCAACGAUUUCGAUGAUGAUGAAGUAGAUAAGCUAUACAAAGAAAUCGAAAAGGAAAGUGAUUCCGAUUUCUCAGACGAACCUAAAGUUGUUGUAGCGCCUGUAAAGAAGCGUGGACGACCUCGAAAAAAUGUACCACCAACUCCAACAACUACUCCUGCACCAGCUCCUCGGCCUACCCCGACUUCUAUGUAUAAAUCACAGUCUUCACAACUACAAUUAUUGCGAAAGUCAUAUGCCGCAAGUGUAAAUAGAUCAAUUGAGCCAUCGGUGGGCAUUAAACGUAAGCACAAUGAAACUAUGACUGCGGGUAGUAGUAGUGAUAAUGAUAAUGAAUCGGCUGGUGUUGCUCGAAAACGUAUAUUGCUAACAAAAUCGUUAAUAGAACGCGACGUUAAAAGUUCGAGUUCCAAUGACAUUAGCAUGUUAGUAAGGAAGGCCAAUCCAACACUCAAUGGAAACAAAUUAGCCAAAAUAAAAAGCAGUGCAUUAGAAAAUGAACAUGUCAAACGCAAUACAACAAUUAUAGAGAAACGUACACUAAUUGAUGGCGAUAAUGUACCGAUUAAAUUACAGCAAAGUAAAUAUCUACAGACUAUGCGUAGCAUCAAUAAUAGUGCAUCGUCAACUACAACAACAACACGUACUUUAAUAACAUCAACAAAUAAAACACAAAAUGCUAGAAUACUAGCGGUUGAAAAACAUCGGAGCGCUUCUCCCGCAACACCGAAAAUUACAAAAUCGCCUAAGGAGGAGAACACUGAAGAAGGUGGUGAAAAUAAAUUAACCGAUUCACCUUCUUCGAAUACAGAUGAUUUCGAAACCAUGCCAACAUUUACAAUUGUCAAUAUCAACGAUAUAAUUAACAAGAAAGGUGAUGUGCUAAUAUCGAAGGCUGGAAAACCACAGAAACCAGAUGAAAGUGUAAAUACGGAGCCCGAGACAGCUGAGCCAGUUAAAGUAAAUGAAUAUAAACCUGGUCCUGGGCGUCGUAAAGGUUUGCUUGCCGAAAAAGCCAGCGAUCCUAAUCGUUCGAAAAGUCCAUUGACCACAACAAAAAAGCCAACGCAGAAAAUUCUCAAUCACACACUACUUAAGAGAACAACGACAGCGAAUAGUUCGGGAGUACGAAAUAAAGCGAAUACAAACACAUCACAAGAUAGACCAGCUCCACGUAUACUUAAUUCUAUGGUGGCAAAGAAAACCCAACCAGUUAAGCCGAUGAUAGCAAAUUUCGAUGAUUCGGCAGACGACGAAAUUUAUCCGCUUUCCUUUGAUGGGGACGAAGAUGAUGAUGAGGAUGAGGAGGAAGAUGCAAAUGAGAUUGCCGACCCAGAUGAGGAUUUUGAUGAUCCAGAUGAAUCGUUUGAGCUUGGUAAAAAUAAACUUCCUGCCAGCACACCGUACACUCAAAAGAAAACAGCGCCGUCGUUAAAGGAAAACUCGAAAGCAGCGCUGAAUCGACAACCAGCUAAAAAUAUUGUGCAACGUAAAAUUUCACCGGAAAAAGUAGUGAUCUCACGCCAAGGUGAUAAAAUAAUUAAGAAAAUUACCUGUUUUGAAACAUGGUACGUCAUCGUACCCGAAGAAGUGACGCCGAAAGUUGCACGAAAUAUACUGGAAAUACCGCUUAUUAAACUGGCCAACGUAGCUGCACACAUUAAUCUACCCAGUGAGGACUGGAAGAGUAAAGUGACGUUACACGAACUAUCACCAUCAAUGGUAGCGAAAACAAACAUGAUAACAUAUACGGGAGAUCUGAAGGAGUACAAUAUCUCAGAAAACGAUCGUGGUCGAUAUCAGCCGUCAUGUGUAAUGUUUCGUCGCUCAGUUAAUGAUCGCACGAAAUCGCGACUUCCUUACGAUAGAGCUGUCAUAUUUAAAAACAAAACAUUCUUUACGAACAUCGAGGGCAAAAAUGUCAAAAUGGUUGGUGCGCCCAGCACAAUCAAUUCACAGAAGGAUGUCGAAAUAUUGCUGCAAAUUGUGGAUUCGUUAACACUGCAAAGUUCGCUCGUUGAGCCGACAAAUACAAUACAAUAGGCGAUGUGACCAAAAUAAUAAAUGGCACAAACAAAAACUCAUUACAGUUCUUUGUAUGUAUAUGCCCAGGACCACAUAACAACAUACAUUAAUUCGAUAUAAAUUCUCGUUUAAAUUUAAGUUAUAAACCAAAAUAGCUUAAAUUGCAAAACUCGGAUAAGAGUUUUCACAUUAAUUAAUCGAAAAACUGUAAUUGAAUUACUUAGGCAUGUAAUAUUAAACAAUCAUAUGAGUGCACAGAUUUUAUCUAUAUCGUUGCAAAAUUAUUGUUUGUACAUUGUAAGACUUUCUUAAGCAGAUAUCACAAUAACAUUUAAUUGCAUAUACACUAAUGGUUAAUACGACUACAUAAGGUUCAUAAUUUUUGCAAACAUAGCGUUAGAAAAAUGCAAAUAAUUUUGCAACGAUAUAUAUUAUAUACUCGUAGUAUAAAAAAUUUGUGUAUAUAUAAACUAUAACUUGCAUAGGAUUAUGGUUAAGUCUGGGUCCAUAUUUAUAAAAACCGAUUAAAGAGUUCAUUGAACUUUUUAAUUACAAAAACACUAGUGCGUAGGUGUUGAAAAUCAAAUACUUCACAAUGAACUUGACAUAUUUCAUUUAAAAAGGAUUUUUUUUUGCCAAGAAGAGAGAAGUUAAAAUAUAAAAGCUCUACACAUAUAUAAUGUGUAGCUAUUGCAUAUAUUACAUAGUACAUUUGUAAAGUCUUUCAGUAGUAGUGAAAAGAAAAAAAAAACAAAAUGAAAAAACAUCUCUCAAUUUUGUUAAAAUAAUUAUGGUUAUUUUUAGUUAUGUAACAAUUAAGUAUUUUAUUAUAGCCAUUAAUAGCCUACUUAAAUCUAAUUUAUAAAAUUUCUACACGAAAAAAAUCAA